UAAAAAUGUCAUUGUUUUUUAAUUUUAAGUUAAAAAUAAAAUGAUGAAAGUAAAUUACUUUGAAUUGGCAUCAAUACAAACUGUUGAUGCAAAAAAAGUUAUAGAAUCUAUUGAAGAAGAUGAACUUUAUCCUGGUCGUAAAAGAAGGAAGUUGGAUAAUUUAAAUGUAGAUGAAAGGAUUCUUCGUAGAAAAUUAAAAAAUAGAGUAGCUGCACAGACAGCUAGAGACAGAAAAAAAGCUCAUAUGGAAGAUCUAGAAACAUGUCUUGCUAGAAUUGAAAAAGAAAACAAGUUUUUGAAGAAAAGUAACCAAGAACUCCGUUCACAAAUUCAUAAUCUCAAUGAAAAAAACAUGCAACUACAAAUACGAUUAGGCCUCACUCCUCCAUCUUCUCCAUCUCAAGAUUAUACUUGUCCAACAAUAAACAAAUAUCAAAAAAAUGAUAGUCAUAUAAUAACACCGUCAGUUUCUGAUCAUGACCACAUUGUGAUCAAGAAAGAAGAAUUAUCAACUGAGCAUGCAUCGCUUAGUGUGGUUUCCCAGCUGAGGAAUAUUGUACUGAUAAUACUUGUUUCAUUAGUCACGAUGUGCGAGAAGAAUCACAAACUGAGUUGUUACUUGAUAUUGAAGAAUACGAAGAACCAAAAUAUGCAAUUAGACCAUGCUUUGAAGUUACAAUUUCAUCAACAACACUUGUAUCAGAAGAAUCUAAAUUUUCUCCCCAAUAUAUUCUUACUAAGCCAAAAGAGUUUGAUGUUGACGAGUUUUUAUCAGAUACAAGCCAUGAGUUUACUUGCCCGAUUAGCCCAGAGUCUGAGUUGGCGACUCCUGACUCUAGCUCAUAUGACAGAACUGAUGGUGUCAUCACACUCAGCACUAACACAAAAAAAUGCAUGGUGGGGCUCGACUCCAAAAAUGGAUCCAGCAGUAUAAUUGAUGAAAGAUUUGUAGAUGACAAUUUUUUCAUAUUGCCUAAUGAAUUAACGACUAUGAAUGAUGACUGUAAUAUUGACUUUAAUGAUGCUUUAUCUGAACUAUUUCCUUCAUUGAUAAGUGUUUAACUAUACUUAAAUUGCAUAGCUUUAGUGAAUUAAAGCUGUUUAAAUUAAAUAUUUUGUAUAAAUUGGAAUAAUUUCUUAUUUAAAAAUU